AUGGCCGCGCUCCACGUGGCACUGCUGUUUCCACUGCUGCUUGCCCUGUUCCACAACGUGGUGGAGGGACAACGCGAUCCAGAAGUGUUCUGUGGAGCUUGUAAGGCCCUUGCGGAUGAGCUGACAUACGACAUAAAGAAAAUAGGUCCAACAAGGACUGUGAAUUCAGGGACAUUCCGACUCAACCCGGAUGGCACACGAGGGAAGAAAAAGAUUCCGUUUGCUAAAUCGGAGACCUUCUUAACAGACAUUUUGGAAAACAUAUGUGAUCGGAUGAAUGAUUAUCAACUUCAAGAUGACCCGGUUACUAAGAAAAAGAUAUUCAAGAGAUAUGCUCCCAGGAAGGAUGAUGAAAUCUAUCCAUUAUAUAAAAAAUACUUUUUUUAUUCUGAUGCUUAUAAGCCCUUGAAAUAUGCGUGCGAAACUAUCAUAGAACAGUAUGAAGAUGAAAUAUUCCGACUUAUCGCCCAGGAGGCAGACUUUCUGGCUGACAAGCUGUGCAUUGAAAAAUCAGGUACUGUGUCUGAUGUAACAUGUGCUCUCUCUCUACAGCAACUCUUCCCCCCCCCCCCCCCCCGCUCUCAACCCAGUUGA